UGUUCAGGCAAAGCUUGUAAGAUUUGCAGGCUAUUAAUACGUAGAGCAUGAGGAUAGGAGAAGUGGAUGUAGAGAAGUCUUAUCUGAUGCUGGUGCCAAAAUUAUUCAAGGCCGGUUCAGCCAGCGCGACCGCAAAAGCAUUAUUUGAUUGGCUGCGAAUUCCGUGAUUUCUCUCUCUUCACUCACACACUCAUUAUCUAUCUUAAAGACCUUCCCGCUUCUCAAUAACUAAAUGCAACAGCAGCCGCUGACUCGACCACACAUCGAUUCAGCAAAACCUCUGUACGGCAUGCCGCCACCACCACCUUCAGGCCAACUGCAGGGCGUACCACAGCCACGUCCUGUCAAUCCUACAGCUGGCCCGUUUUCCUCUACUAACCAACAAAGUGGGUCCGCGAUGCCGCCGAGAACGCCAAUGCCAACACAGCAACAUCAAUCUGGCAUGCGACCUUUUCCUCCAGGCGUACGACCACCGUCACAGCCCAACAUGUCAUAUCCAGGACCAUUGCCGUCACAAAACACGAAUGCAGGCCAUCCACCGCAACCACCGCCGGUACAAGCAGGUACGUGUAUAUCUAUAUUUGUGCAACUGUGCACUCGCGCAGUUGAAGCAAAGCUUCGUGAUAGGACUAUGUCAGUGUAAAAGUGGAUUUCAACUAGUCGCUUACCAUUCAGCAGCAAUGACUCCGCCAUCACUUCCACCAACUUCUCCGAAUGAUGGUCUGUCUUCUCCAAUGGCCAACAUGAACUUACAGGUGCGUUGUUACCG